GAGUUGUAAAGCUUCAGCUCUUGAUGGACUUUGGCUCCUCUGUUUCUGUUUUAACCUGCUCUUCAAAUUGGUAACAUUAAUUUCCCAUCAAUAUAACCUUUGGGCUGAGUUGGUGUGAUUUCAGAGUGGAUUUGAGGUAAAAGGGGGGAAUGCAGUCAUCAAAACCAGGGGUCAUGUAGUCUGGUGUUGUCUGUUGCGCAACCCCCCCACGUUGGUGAAAAGGCCUGCUGCUCUAUCCACUAUGGACCUUGACUCUGCAGACAAACACACAUGCGCAAUCAUCACACCCCAGCACAACUUCACGUUUCCAGUGUCUACUAAGAAAGGAUCGUCACCCAUUCUCUGAAGACACAUUUUUCAUGUAAACUGUUGCUAUGGUAUCAACUGUCAAUCUAACAACAUAUUUAUUUGAGGUAAUCCUGUCACACCUGGCCUUAACAUGUGCUUUACUUCUGGCCAUUCUCGCUGCCAUCCGCUGGUACAUCAGAGACUCUUACAAGGUCGACGGCUUCAACCAGAAGCAUGUGUUCGUCACAGGCUGUGACAGCGGUUUUGGGAAUCUGCUGGCCAGACAGCUGGAUGAAAGGGGUUUCCACGUCAUAGCUGCAUGUCUCACAGAGAAAGGUGCAGCAGAUUUGGCAGCAUCUGCCUCCUCCAGACUGAAGACCUUCCUGCUGAAUGUUACAGACAGUGCGAGCAUCAGGAAGGUGGUGGAGUUUGUGAGCAAAGAGGUCAAGGAGCGAGGCCUGUGGGGUCUGGUGAACAAUGCCGGCAGGUCCAUACCCAUCGGCCCAACAGAAUGGAUGCAUCUGGAGGAUUUCACAAAGGUUUUGGAUGUGAAUCUGAUAGGAGUUAUUGAUGUGACGCUCCAGUUUCUGCCACUGCUGAAAAAGGCCCAGGGCAGGGUGGUUAAUGUGGCCAGUGUCCUGGGUAGACUGUCUCUCACUGGUGGAGGGUACUGCAUAUCCAAAUGGGGAGUGGAAGCCUUCUCCGACUGCACCAGGAGGAACAUGAAGCAAUUUGGCAUCAAAGUGAGCAUUAUCGAGCCGGGUUUCUUCAAGACUGCUGUCACCCAGCUGGAUCUUAUUGAAGGUGACCUGAAGAGGCUGUGGAACCGCCUCCCCCAAGAUGUCAAAGACUCUUAUGGAGCUACAUACAUUAAUGACUAUAUGAAGUCUCAAGACAUCUGCAUGCAAAUCUUGUGCAGUUCAGAUAUCUCUAAGGUGACCUGGUGUAUGGAGCAUGCGCUCACAGCUCGCUUCCCACGCACACGUUAUAGUGCUGGCUGGGAUGCUAAGCUUUUUUGGAUUCCUCUGUCUUAUCUCCCUUCAUUUGUGUCAGACUUUCUUAUGACGGUGCUUCUUCCUUUACCUAAGGGUGACAGAAAAGUCUAGCUCUGUGAAAUAGUUUGUAUGAUGAUAUUUUGCUGUCCAAAGUGUAUGUAUGCAUGGAAACCGGCAGCCAAAAGUGAUAAAAUCAAGUAUAUUGUGACAAUAUGGUAAAAAAAAAAAGAGUGUCAAGACUGUGUUACAAAAUAGGAAAUUUAUUCAUUCAUGUCUCACCAGCAGCAAUUUAAACCAUAUGGGCAUAUUGUGGAUGAUCACAGAUACAGUUUUUAUUGUCCUCAUUACAGUACAAAAUAAAUCAUUCUGUGAAGUUAAGAAUUUA